CGUUUACCAAGCGGCCGACGCGAGUGGAAAGAAGGCUUUUGUCCUCCGCACCGUUUUAUGCAUUGCAAAAGUAUCGUACUAGUAUAAAUUGCAAUACAAAUUUCCUUAGCGUGAGAAAUGGAAUCUGUCAUGCGGAUCUGCCUUAACAAAAAGAUUUGUAAUGCAAUACUUGAAUUUAUACGAGUGCGAUACUUUUGCACCGGAUAUGUGUCCGGCGGGGCACUGGGUGCAGGUGAGGACAAAGUGUUCGAAAUUGAUCCGGAGCACCAUGCUGGUUGGCUGUCGCACAAGUCGAAACAGGCCUACUACGGGUUGUGGAACACGUACUCGGCUCAAGUUGGUGCCUACAACGCCCGACAAAUCGCGCAGAACGACUUUGACGACACGAAAA